AUGAGCCCUCAGGAACACCCCGCUCUUCCAGUUCCCACCGAAGUCGCACUGAUGAUUAUCGGAGCCCUCGAUGGAAUCGACGAGUUCUUCAACUUCCGUCUCACCUCACGGACGAACCGAGAGCUCUGCGAUCUGGUCCCACUAGCAACCCUGCGCAGGCUUCUCCAGACCUCCAGUGCGAUGGUUCGGUCGCAGCAAGAUGAAGCGGGUCUGGAGCUUCGGCUGUCUCGGGUGAGGCAUCAGUUAUUACUAGCCAGGUAUGUCCUUGGUACCCGCGACCAGCGUAGGCUCUACCGCGACACGUGGGAUCAGCAGAUGCAAUUGUAUGAGAUGAGGAUGUGGUCUUGGCAGACUGGCAUGAGAAGCCAAAUGGGCAGUCUCCUCGUCGUCGGCGUCGUGUAUGCGCUGCGAGAGGACCUGCAAGCUGUUCCCUAG